CCCGAAGUCGGCGGCGCGUGGAAGCGCGGUGCGUGGCGGUGGCUCGUGGUUCGUGGGGGCUUGGUAGGGUCGUGCGGCGGCGCUCACACCCUGCCACCGGAGCGAGGGUGCCUCCCGCUGAGCCUCAGCUUCCUCUCUGCAGAGGCUGAGCGCGCCCCACACGGGCUACUUGGGGCCCUGGCGCGUCGCCCCACUGCCGGCCUGGGUUGACGGGGGUGGUAGCGGAGAGUCUCAGCGUUUGGGACGGGACCGAGGGGGUUCAGGAAGGCCCACCGCCCCACACCCCGGUGCGUGCCUGGCGCUCCCAUUCCCAGGGCCCCGCGCGGGCCGGGAUGUUCGUCCUGGUGGAGAUGGUGGACACCGUGCGGAUCCCCCCGUGGCAGUUUGAGAGAAAGCUCAACGACUCCAUUGCCGAAGAGCUGAACAAAAAGUUGGCCAACAAGGUCGUAUACAACGUGGGGCUCUGCAUCUGCUUGUUCGACAUCACCAAGCUGGAGGAUGCCUACGUGUUCCCAGGGGACGGCGCAUCACACACCAAAGUCCAUUUUCGCUAUGUGGUGUUCCAUCCCUUCCUGGAUGAGAUUCUGAUCGGCAAAAUCAAAGGCUGCAGCCCGGAGGGAGUGCACGUCUCUCUAGGGUUCUUUGAUGACAUUCUCAUCCCCCCAGAGUCGCUGCAGCAGCCAGCCAAGUUUGACGAGGCAGAGCAGGUGUGGGUGUGGGAAUACGAGACAGAGGAAGGAGCACACGACUUGUACAUGGACACCGGCGAGGAGAUCCGCUUCCGGGUGGUGGAUGAGAGCUUUGUGGACACGUCGCCCACGGGGCCCAGCUCAGCUGAGGCCACCUCUUCCAGUGAAGAGCUGCCAAAGAAGGAAGCUCCGUACACGCUUGUGGGAUCCAUCAGCGAGCCGGGCCUGGGCCUCCUCUCCUGGUGGACCAGCAGCUAGCCCUGGGGCUUGGACGGCGGACCCCAGCCCCGGGGAAGGUGGUGGCACCAGCUGUGGGGACUACAGCAGCUUCUGCGGGUGCCGAGCAGCAGAGUGUGCACCCCACCAGACUGUCCCCUCGCUCGCCAUCCUGGCCCUGCUCCUGGAGCUACCCCUGAAGUCCCACUGUCCCUGUGGACUUCUACCUCUUGGUGACAGCAAAGUAAUAAACAAGGGUAGCAUCAGUCAGGGAGGA